CUUCGCCGAUAUUACGCGAGCGACCCACGGAGAGUGAGAGUGCCGUUAUUCCGUCAAAAGCAGAACCGACCGGGGUGUUGCCGAUGGUUGUGACGGCGGGUUCAAACUCCACUCUGGUAUGAGGAAACUCUCACUCUCAAAGUCAUACUGUCACCGUGGGCCGCUCGCGCCGCACUGGAUGAUGACCGGUCGGUCGGUUGGUUGGUCGGUGGUGAAUCGGGUCCGUGACGAGGCCGCCCUACCCCAAAUUCGCCGUUGCUAAGAUGCGACCGACCACCACGACGACGAUGACGACCGGCUCUGGUGGUGUGCUGUUCUGCCUGCAUGCGGCGCGGAGAGAAUUUACGUUCGCGAGAAAGAGUUUUGCUUUUUUAUUUCGAUUGAUACCAGGUUGCUUAAUACUGUUUUGCCUCACUUAAGUCUAGGCCAUCCGACUGUCAACAGCGAAAAUUGCGCGCGCUCUCUCCCGUCGGCUGAACGCUGUUCUUUCUCUUCCUCGGUUGGUCGUUUGGAGUUUUGUGAUUUCUGACGUCUGAUUCGGACGUUUUGGCGUAGUUUGACGGUGACGAAGGUGGGAGAAGAUCGGCGGCAGGCGCAAAAGAACAACCCCUCUGCCUGUGGUGUGUCCCUAAAGUGGUUGUAGUAGUAGAAGCAGUAGUACACCUAUACUCAAAGGGGGGACCACUUGCUUGCAGCAACCCAGUAGUGUGUCAGUCGGUGAGAAAGUGCACGGACGGCUCUCGGGUCGACAACGGGUGGUGCUUAGUGGGACAGAGUGAGAGAGACACCGUGAUUGGGUUGCGAAGAAGAAGUUGUUAAUAUAUAACAAGUUGCAUCAUAGUCUUAAGACUUCAGUCUUAAGAAAGUGAACCACCAAUAAACAUCUUUCGCAAAAAAAGAAAAACACGCCGCGUCGCGAGGAGCAAACAAGCUUUGGGAUCCCGCGCGCACAAUCUCAAGCUAUUUUCGAAAUUUUGCAAUCCUUACGGUGGAUUGUUUUCGUGGCACGCGAACCCGUUCUCAAGGAUUUUCCGGGAUCGAGCAAUACCGUUGAUUAGGAGGAAGCUGAAUUGUUUUGUUGGAGCUGUGAGAAAGGAUUACAAUGGAUUAUUUCUACUUUUGGAUAUACAACAGAAGAAAAUAAAAAUGUGGAGUUUUUGAAGAUUGAUGGGUUUUAGAAAAAUUGUGACUGGAAUGGACUGUAAAUUGUUGUGAUUGGAAAAAAGUUUCAUGGACUGACAAAGACUCAAAGAAAAGCAGUGCAAUAUUUUUGGGAGAAAAAAAUAAUCAAAAAGUGCAAUUGGGAAAAUUUAAGAAUAUUUUGUGCAAUUGAACAGAUACGGAUUUUGAAACCUGCAUUAGAGGAAGAGUUCGUGUGUAGUGUCUAGCAAAAUAUGGAAUCGCCUCAAAUGUACGAUACGAAUCAGAUUCAAGUGCGAAGUGAUAUCAAAAAAUUAACGAUGGCAGCGAACAGCACAACCACCAACAAUAACAAUGCUUCGACGCCCAACAAUAAUAACAAUUCGCCGACGGCAGUUAACCAGAACACGUUAGCUUUGAAACAGCAGCAGCAGGCUCAACUGAAUCAACACGUCCAGUCGAAUGGAAAUCCGUUGACCAAUGGGAACCUUCUAUCGAAACAGAUGCUUCAGCAGAUCCAGUACUCGCAGAGUGAACUGGACGAGCUUACAUCUCAGGAAAUUUCUUUGGACCUCCAGCAUCUGAUCGAUGAUCAGUUCCGCGAUCCGGAGGCCCUCGGUAUUUUUACCGAAAUGGUUACCGUUGGCAGUACCAAUGGUAGCGUAACGAACCCUUUGGUUCAGACAGCGGCUGCUAAGGCACUUCAGCUGCAGCAGGCCCGAUUGUCCCAGCACACAAAUGGAAACAGCUAUCAACGAUCUCUGGCCUACAUGCCACAACCAGUUCACACUGGAGCGACUUAUGCAAACACUUCGAGUGACGAGAACAGCAGUGUGGGUUCUUCGGAGUCAGCUAACAUCAAAGAAGAGCCCGUAGAUCCAAACGAGUACCGCCGCCAGCUGCAGAACAGUGGAGCUCAGUUCAUGGGUAAUACGACCUAUCAGCUAGCUGGCGGUGGUGGCGGAGGCGUCGGUACGGGCAACUACGUUACCAACGGUAAUGGCAACACCUUCUCGAACCUGACUCCGGCCACCGUGUUGCAUCAUCAAGCCUUGCCACAUCUUGCCGGAGCUGCCCAUCUGGCAAAUCUAACCAAACACAACAAAAUGCUACCCCACGUAGCUCGAAAGUCCGUACCCAAGUCCGUCGACAAAGGAACCGACGAGUACCGGAGGAGGCGCGAGCGAAACAACAUUGCUGUAAGGAAGUCUCGUGAGAAAGCUAAAGUGCGAUCGCGGGAAGUCGAGGAGAAGGUGAAAACACUUAUCAAAGAGAAGGACCUUCUGAUCCGGAAGAUCGAGGAGAAGAACAACGAAAUCCAGCUCUACAAACAACUCUACAUGCAUCUGAUGAACCACAGCAAUCCAGAGAUCAACCAGAUCUGCCGCAGUGCGUUGAAUCUAUCAAACAUGGGUGAUCAUAUGUAGAUUUAGUGAUUUUAUUGUAUGUAAUCAUUCUCACCCCCUACUGUUCUUCAUUAUGUGAAGUGGUCUGUCCCUAGUUUGUAGUAAAUUAAACCGCAAAUCGCGCAUUAUUUAGUGGAAAUUUUGUAGAUUGAAAAUCUUUGUAAAUAUAGACAAAAAACCUGGCGACGGGGAAGAUAUGUACUAUUUGUAUCGAAACUGAUGGAUAUAGUUUCACUUGAAAUUGGACCAUUUUGAUGAACGUUGAACCAAAGACAGUAUGUGUAAAAAUGUGCUAACUUCCCUCUGCGAAUGUUAGGGAAGAGAACUGUAAGUGUUGAGCUAAGCGAGGCAGAUUAUUUUUGGAUGGAAAAGGAUUACCUGUACAUAAACUUAAUCAAUUUUAUUGACCAUCAACAGCUGCUAAAGUGCAAGAAAGUUAUAUUUUCUACUUAACACAGGACAGCUUCCAUAAGACUUGUUUUUAUAAUUAUUAUCAUCCCAUUUUUAAAAGAGUAAUAUUUUAUUCGUUUGUGAAUGUUGAAUAAAUGUUUAGAAAACGGCUUAUAAACCAAGUGUUAUGUUUGAUCGACGGAAAGAAAUAUUUUCUUCUACUAAAGUUUUGUUGUUUCCUUUGCUCGUUCAUCCAUAACCUGAGUUGAUUCGUUGUGUAAAAAUGAUAAAAUACAGCAAAAACCCAAGGUCAGUCACAAUUUGCCUCAGAUUAUCUUCUGUUUCCCUUUCGAUGGCUAUAGGACUCACUUAUUUGUAUUUCAUUUGUGAACAAUGAAAAAAAACGUGAUCAUAAAGAACCGAAGUUACCAAUCUCAGCUCGUUAGGAUAAAUUGUGUAGAAAAUCUCAUCCAUCCAAUCAGUUAUGUCAAACGCCCAUAUGAAAAUCGAAAAAAGACAUUUAUUUAUGCAUACUCUCGUGUCAAGCGACCAACCGCGGAAAUCAAUCAAAGCACUGUGUAAAUUUACUUUCGCAAAACCACUCGGAGAUCGCUGCAAUAAUAUUUUUAACAAACUGGGAAGGAACCAGACCGGCAAACACCGUGUAACGCUCACUCUGGUUCCGAAGCUCAGCGGCAAAAGGUGUAACUAGACUAAUUUUGCAUAGAGAAAGUGAUCUAGAAUUCUAGUUUGUAAUAGACAACCCGACAAAGAAUGGAGAAAACAAAUGAAAGUGACAAGACUCAACCGCCCGUACUACAUAUUUAUAAUCAGAAUCGAUUAUCGAAACGCAAGGCGACAGUGUACCUAUAUUUCCUUUUCUUUAUUAUGAAUAUUAAUGUCUGACGGAGUAAAACCAAUGCAAAUCUUAAUCAUCCGCAAAUGGUGAGAAUUGUGUACACACACAGAAACAAACAGCUAGGGAAACUUAAGAAAAUGAAAAACCUGAGACGGAUUUGUUACCAAGUUAGGCUAAAGCUAUAUAGAGCGAACACGUGGACUACUAGUAGCAAGUAAGUUUUCUUUCUCAGAGUUAGCUAAAUGAAAACAGGAUCAGGAGUAAUUUGUAUUUGGAUGUUUAUUGAUUCCUUACUGAGUUUUCUUUUCUUUCGAUCAGUUGUUGUCGAGUAUCAUUCUAAAGCAAACAACCGGGGAUGCGAGUUUAGCUAGCUUAUUCGAUUGAUGAAGACUCUGAAAUUUCUAUUAUUAUAGCGUAAUACACAAACAAACCUGAAAAAAAAACAACACAUACAAUUAUACAAGUACUGUAUUUUUCUCAGCUUGAAAAGUCUGUUUUGAAAAUAAGAAUGAAAUAAAGAAUGUAUUAAAAUGUGAAUAAAAAACAAAA